UCCUUUCGUUUUCUUUCAUUGCUCAGAUUGCGGAACUCAAAGUCUGGUGCAAAGCUAGCUUUGUCCUUUUUCUUUAAUUUACGAGGUAAGUUUUGUAGUUCUCAACCUUUCAAUCACACACUACUACUGAUUAACUGAUAUUUAAUCGUGCUGUAGUUAAUGUCAGAGAUGUAAGGGAACUCAUGCUUGUUGUUGGGACCGCCAAGGAAAGUCACAGCACUAGUUGACGUGGUACUUCUGUACUUCCUUCUGGUAUAUUAUCUGCGAAGCCUUCGAACCUAAGGUUGCCAUUAUUUUGCACGUUUAAAUUUGAGCAACUACUCCUGUUUUAAAGGGGGUUCUGUUUUAUAGCUUUUGAACGCAAGAAAUUGUUUCUAAAAGGGGCUUUCUUCAUCUGCAUGCUGAUGAAAAUGAACUCAACGUUAUGUACUCUUUGAGGGCAAACCCGUGGUGGGGUUGUAGUCUAUAUAAAAGAAAAACGAAAACCCGCUCAAACCGUAAAAGCGCAAUAGAUUUUGGUCAAAAUCGAAACCGAAGGACAUAUUACGGAAGACACAAUCCAGAAUUUAACUGCGUGACCUACCAUGACAAUGAGCUACUUAAAACAAAUUUAACUGUUGUGAAAGUGACCUCCCCGUCUGAUUUACUGUGUAAACUACGAAUGAAAUAUUCUAGCUCGUGUAUCCUAGAGAACAGGCGUUAUUUUUCUUGGGCGUUGAUAAAACCCUGAAAACUGAACAUUCCGGAACAUGCCGGAACAUGCCGGAACAUGAAAAACUAAAAGUAAGCUCUUCACCUAAGCUCUUGACCGGCUUACGGUCGCAAAGCCGUAAAUGGAUAACCGGUAAACCGCAUGUCAAUUACAAGGCUGGGGUGGCUGAGUGAGGAAAGGUUGAAGUGAAUCCCCCUCUUCGCGACCCAUUGGAAUAUAUUUUGAAUUUAGAAGUAAACCUUCACUCAUUAUUGUCAUUUGCAUGGACCCUCGCCCCACAAAUUAUUUGCGACAAAAUAUUGUUUUCUCGUACCCGGAGAUGAUACGACUUUCUUUUUCUUUAUUUCUUUCUUUUUCGGUUUUUUGUUUUUUUACGUUAUUAUUAGUUUUUACAAAAAUUAUUUUAUUAUUAUUAUUAUUAUUAUUAUUAUUAUUAUAUAUUUUUUCAUGAAAAUUAUUCUUAUUGCAUCUUCGGAAAUGUUCCGUGUUCCGGGUUUUAUCGACGCCCAUUUUUUCUCGCAUUUUUCAUGCGGGAGAAGGCAAGCCCUUCCCUUCUCUCGCCCGGCUGAAAAAUUCGAAAAAAUAACGGGUGUUCUGCGGGCUACAAAUCGUGCCUAAUGCAAGUUCACCGCAAACUUGAUCUUUAGUUGUGUAUAUAAGAUCGGUGUUUACUAUUUACAGCUGUUACAUUCAAUUUCAAUUCACGCUCGCUACUAGACAAACUAAAUGGAAAAUUUAGACCCCACCUCCCCCCGCCCCAAAUCAAAGUUGGAAAAUGGCGCGUUUUGUCCUUUGCGCGGCUUCAUCCUUGAAUUUAAGGGGUGGGGGAAUGGGGGUUUGCUGCUCCAUUUUAUUCUAUCCAAGAUUGUAGUAUUACUUUCAUGACAUUUAUUAAAAUGAACCCCUAGAUAACGUUCCCUUAACUGAAAAGAACACCCCAAAACCAAUUAAGGUUUAUAAAAUGACACUCCCAGGGCCUUCUGAUAGGUAAUAAACGACCAGCCUCUCAGUUCGGCGAAGGUUACUCAUGGCAACGUUUCUGCAUUGUUUCUUGCAAAACAUUACCUCUUUCGAGCGGUUUGAGAAAACAAAGGACCAGGGACAUUUGUUAAAAGAGUGAGUGUUAAAAGAUUCCUGGAAAAAUCUAGGAAGUAGCAAAUUUGGUGGGAUAAAGUCCAGUCUUCAGUUUGCGCAUUAUUUAUAAUCUUCGCGUAGAAAUUCCAAAUAUCUUGAGAUUCCUCCAAUCUAUUUCUGCGAAGUCGCACAAGUCGUUAUAGGUCAGCAAAGUUAACCGCAAUUUUGCGUUCCGUGUGUGUUCCCUUUAUUAACAGCUGUAUUAAUAUGUAUAGGGUUCGAGAAGACACCUCGCGUUGCCAGGUGAUCGCUCCUCUUAGUCCUACGUUUUUCAGAGAAGUUCAUACUGGGCUAAAGUUAUACCUCCCGCGCAAACCUAUAGGCAAAGUUUAUUGUUUCUACUGUGGCUUAGGGAAGUGGAAGGCAAAAAUUAACAGAAGAAAAGAAAGGACUCGUCACUGAUUACGUUCUGGAGGAACGCACUUUUUCUCUACGUUAUAAUAAUGGGUGACGUCAUGGACUCGACCCUUGUACAGCGAACGCACAGGGAACGCAAAAUUGUGGUUAACUUUGGUGACCUAUAACUACUCGCGCAGCAGAAGGCAAGCACCCAAAAUUCAUAGAACGCAGAGUGGAGCAUUUGCAGAGAAAACGCGAACAAGGGCUGCAAUUCGAUUAAGAGCUGAUCAAUUGUGACGUCAUUGUCGCGUGAUAAUCAUUGUGAUAGCAAAAAAAUAAUAUCAGUCUAUUUGUAAUCCAUGUGUUAUAAAAGAUUUUCAAUAAAUACCAACCUAUUUAGGUUUAAGAGGCCCAAAGAUGGAAAAUAUGCCUACAAAAAUACUGGGUCGAGCCACCUUUAAUAACGGUUAACAGGAUCGACUCCUGUGGUUAACAAUCAGUACCCGUUCCUGUAAGAGAGCCCGGUAAAUAGCACGGUAUUCGGCGGGCCGAAUGCCAGGGAAAAGAGGCCUCUGCUAGCAGGGAACAAUAGCACAUUCCUCUCCUGCAUAAAGGAAUGGAUAUUCACACGCAGUGAGAGAAUAGGUCUUUUGCAUUAGUUGAUCAAUUCAUUUCAAUUCAAUUCAAUUUUAUUAUUUACACUUUAUAAAAUAUUAACAUUAUAUAUAAUAAGGUAAGAAUACACUAAUAAAGUAGAAGAAGAAGGGAAAAAAAAGAAAAUUAAUGGCUUGGGUAGAAGUGUAUGGUGGUCAAAGGAGCUCAUCUUUCGAGCGAACCACCGCUAUAUUAUGAUUGGAAAUACAUAAUAAACAUGCGCUUGGUGCCAUGGCAACUAUGGACGAUUAUGCCAGCAGUCAGGUUAUGUGAGACAGUCGUAUUACAAUUGUUAUCUUUGGGAGUUAACUAGAAUUCGCUUAUAUUCUUUUUUGAUCUUAUUGAUCACGUGAUCAACUUUCGGUAAACACGAAAAAAGUUCGCUCAGUCAAAAAAUUUCGGACGGUCGAGCUGAAAGAGCAUAUUAUAAAAAUUAGGUAACCUGUACAUUUUCAGCCGUAUAUCUCAAAAGUAGCGAUUGCAACGGCCGCCGAAAAUUAGAAGGAUUUGUAUGAGAAUAACAACUCUUGUCUUCCAUGCAACUCCUUCUAAAUUCUGAAAAUUUUAAACUGUCGUUAAAUCUUUCCCUUUCGCAUUUAGGGACCAUUCAUUAUUUAUGCCGGGGGUGGGCUGGUAAGAUCCAUCAGAAAGCACAACAAAACGUUUUGACCCCUUCCAAGUAAAACCAGGAGUCGAUGAACGGCUCCUGUCCUGGAAAACUAAAAAAGGCAUUACUCCUCUAAAUGUUCUUUUAAAAACUGGCUCUCUCCUGUGCUGGAACUGUAAUAAAUAGACAGGGAACAUAUCACAAACGGUUUUUUGGAUUCAGACAACGAAGUAUUAUCCUUGAGUCUUCAGGAAUAUGCAGAAAUGGAAGAGAAGCGAAUGCGAAAAAAAUGCUUGAAAAGUGGCCAAUGACUGUAGCCGCAAGGAUCGAUGACACGCCUGUUCUAUUCAAAUUUUUUUUGUACCAGAAAAACCAAGUGAGAGUUGUUUUUCAUUCCAGAGUAAAGAGUAUUGGUAAAAAAUAAAGCGUUGGUAAAAAACGAACAAGGCUUAUAGAACAUAAAAAAGUACAGAUUUCCGUGAAGCUCACUUCCAGCGAGUGGCAGCCCUCUACAGAAUGUAAGUCAGACACCGGGGUAGAUUAACUGGGAGACUCUAUUUCCCGCUGGUGAAAUCCAGCAGAUAAAGGAAAACAACGGAUGAAGCUUGACCUGGUUGUUGAUCAUUGCAGUAGUGAGAACUCCUCAGGGACCAAAACUAACGAGGAAGACCUCUGGACGUAGUCUUGGAACAUAUCAUUUCGUAGAAAGUGUGACUGUUUUCUUUAUUAGCUUUAAACUGCCAGUUAUGAAUUGUUAGCCUUUAGGAAGCUUGCAAACCAUAUACCGUUAGUCCCGAGAGCACUGUAAGUAUUUGUUUGAAAAAAAAAAGACAAAAAAAAAAAAUCAGGUAGCCCCCCCUCUUUGUGUGCAGAUUUCUUGACCCCCCCCAAUGACUGUCCUGAAUUUAACGUGGCCCACCCCUCAUUCUUGCCAGCUCACCUCCUAGCAUAAAUAAUGAAUGGUCCCUAAAGAGCUCAAAGCGCCUAUUAUGAAUUAAAAGGAGAUUUGAGCCCCGUAAUGCUAAAGGAAAUAUUUCAUGACAGUUUGAAAAUUUCGGAAUUUACAAGGAUUUGUACCGAAAACCAUUUAAGCGUGGCUGGUUGGCAAAAGUUGUUUUUCUCAUACAAAUCCUUCUUAUUCUGGGCGGCCGUUGCAAUCGCUACUUUUGAGAUAUACGGCUGAAAAUUUACAGGUUACCUAAUUGCGUUCGACGAAGGAAAACGCUUACUAUUUGUGUACCGUAGAUGAAGUAGUAUAGCGUUCUGUAUGCCAUGCGAUUUCACGGUUUGGACGCCAUCUUGGACCGGCCUGGCACAUUUUGCCUCGCUCUCAUGAGUUCAGUUUUUCUAACCCGGGAGCUGGUAUCUAUUUUGUGACACUCGUUCACAGAUGAAACGUUGGCGAUUUUCUGUUUACUACAGGUUUGUUUAUAGUUCAAUUAUAAGUUUUUUAUAUAGGAAAAUUUCCAUUCUAAGAUAAUCGGAUAUGUAGGUAUUAUGUUAACCGUGCGUUCUGCACAUUGUAUUUUUAUGGAUUCAAGCAAGAUCAGCUUAGAUUCUAUUACAAAUUACAUCUUUUCUCUUUUAAAAGCUAUUUACAGCAUUGUAUUUGCUUUUGUUUGUCACCAUUUUUGAAAAAUAUACAAGAAGAUGAACAGUGAAACGAUGAUCUUUUCAUCUCACUAAUUCCGGGUGCGUUGAAUGAGGUGAGUCGUGUUAGCCUAGUGUCACGCAACAAGGGUUUAAAGUGACACUCGACGCUUAAACUUUUCAGAUAACUUUAAUUUUUCUGUUUCCCAAUUUUUAGCCAUUUUUAUUGACCAUCCUAGAGUGCAAAGGAAUAUCCUGAGGAUCAUAGUCAGUGUUCGACCCGUUGUUACAGACAUGUACUUUACGUAGAGGUUUAGCCAAAUAAAUGUAAAAAGUACGGUACGCUCAGGAGUACGCUCUUGCAUUUUUGAGGAAAAAUGAAAUAGUAACAAAUUGUAAAGUGGGAGGAUAAACAAUAACACUGAUAAAGACAGCUGCUGGUAUUCGUAUUGAUAAAAGUGUUUGAUUUUGAUUUCUCAAUAUUACAAGCCCAUCAGGUUUUGCACCCCACUCCCACUACCACUCACUACCCACCACCCCACCCCUCCCCUCUCCAUCGAACGCACUCCCGUAAUUUGCAAUUAUUACUAGUUCAGCUCGUGCUUUAAAAGCGAACUGUUUUCGUGUUUACCGAAAGUUGAUCACGUGACCAAGUAAUGCAAAAGGCCUACUGCAAUGACAAUUAAGCGGAGAGAGCUUUACAUUCACAUUUUGGGAGAGAAAACACUUAUGAAACGGUUUAAACUUAAACAUAAAGUGAAGGGAAACAUCCUGAAUGCUACUCAUCCCAUCAUCUUUUGAGGAUGGCAUUGAAAAGAGCGCCACACGAUAGCUUCAGAGACAUUCUCAUUCAAUAGAUGCGAACACCGACCGAAGAUAAAGGGAAUUCGCAAUCAUGUUUUGGAAAAGAAGGCGCUUUCUUUUGUGAAAGAAAGAAAGUGCUUUCUUUUGGAAAAGAAAGCACUUAUCACCGUUUCGAGGCUCUCAGGGAUAUUUCGAAGACUUUUCAUAAGGCGUACACAAUUUUUUAAGUGGGAAGCGUAUCGGAAGCCAUAUUGGAAGUGCCUCGUCAAAUAUUCAGCACAUUUUGUGGCUUAUUUCUUCUUUUAAACAACGCGAUGUAGGCGAGAUUUUGGUCGGUUUGCAAGGUAGAUGAACAAGUAUCUAUUAUUUUUUGUAGUCGAGGAUUUUUGACGAAGUUCUAGAUAUUUUUCCUCGAUUGUCAUUUCGAUUAACUUUUAUCAUGUUGAAUGUGGGAAUGGUAGACAACCUAGAAUUUUGGUAGACAAUUUUUUAAUUCCGAGGUCCAAAACACGUGUUCCGCUUUCGGGUUUCACGCAGACAUGGCAGAGCCUGGCCUGCGAGAGCAUUCGCUUUUUUCGGCUCCAAUUACUAGUUUCACCCGCCGAGAAAAACCGACGACCGGAAAUACGUCUGCGGUUCGCAGGCUAGGCAGAGCCGUGUUAUUACUCUUGUUUUGCCCAUUAAUACGAGCCUCUGCUUUUUUUAUUUUCAACGUAAACGUUUAGUCUUAUGGAUACUCACGUUCAACAUCUCAGCUCACUUUGCCGAAUUUAAAGAUCAUAAGCGCAAGAUAGAUACUAACCGCCUUGUUUUUGAAAUUCACCAAAUGUGGAAAGAUUUAUUACUGUUGGAUUCUCCAAAUUCUCACCCACAGAUAAAAAAAAAUCAAAGAAAGAAGGCAAAUUUUAACUGUAAAUGAUGUAUUUCGCAACUCAUUAAACACUGAUAAUCUGAGUUAAAAUUAAAACCUUGCUGGUACUACAGUAAGCAAAGAAAGCACCAGAUGCGUGAAGUCAACACGAAACAACACAAAAAAAACCAAACAAACAAGAAAAAUGAAUAAAUUUGAACGACUUUUUAUUCUUGUUAUGAUGACUGGCCUCUUUGAUUCUUGUCCUUGGCUGUAGGUGGUACCACUCCUGUUUUGUACGAUCUCAACAAAAUUUUCAUACACUGACUCUCUACGGCUAUUUUUACACGGGGACAAUUUGCUUCUAUCAAAAAUCUUGCAAGCCAUGCCAGUCCAGUGAAGCCACGACCUCUGCGAUCGGUCUGGAAUAUUCGAACAUCCCCAAAAUUCCUUGCAAUGAAUAAUACUCUUAUUCUCUUACAUCAAAUGUUUUCUUUGAAAUAAUAUGAAACCUAUUCGAGUACUGUAAGCUGAUGUUAAAAUCUGUCCGCCUCCGUCCGCUACUGUCGGAAAAAUUUUUGGUAACUGCGGUUGAUGUUUUUAUUUCGCCCUGUCCUUAAAUUUAGGGAUAUUCCGGACGGGUAAACGUAUCGAGGUCCGAUCUCGAAAUGUAUUUGCCGAUUGUUGGGAAAGUAUUUACUUUAUCUUGCCUUAUCGUGUAGCAAAGAACUAGAAUAAAUUUACUUUUGCGGUAAACAAGUCAUCAUAAAGCUAAAUAUUUUCCAUUUAUUAUUUUUCCCAUAUAAACCCUGAAAACGCUACGCAGAUGUAUUAAUUUUUAACAUGCAUUCACAUAUCGAGUUUUGGACACCUAUAUGAUGCAAAUCCCUUCGACUUCAUGCCAAAACCGAGAAUUUCAUAAUUUAAGUUAAACGCGAACUAAACACCCAUUGCGGCGAACAUUAUUUUUAAACAGUUCAGCUAUGAAGUAAUCGGCAAUAAAGACAUGACUUUGGGCGUAAUUAUAAUCUUGAUUAUAGUUCUGAAUAUAUAACAGUUUUUGUUUUUCGGCCAAAGUAGCCAUUAUAAAAACUAAGAGUGCAACCAUUGCUUUUGUCUCUUCUCCUCCUUUCUUCCUCUUCGUUCUUUCUUUUUCUCCUUUCCUUUUCCUUCGUUACUAUGAUUUUGGAGCUUAUCGGGCCGAAAAAACCUGCCUUUUGAGGCCUUUUCAAGCAUAUGACUGCAAAUUUCGUUAAGUUGGUUUUCAAAAAAUCGGCUAGAUAUAGAUUGGCCCUUUCUCCUAUAAUUCCCAGUAUCAGGACCAACUCCUUCCCUUUCACUCAGUACAUGUACCGCCACUAGAUCCCAAGGAGAAUGCAUGGAUAAUGGGGAGCUUGAGAAACCACGACGACGGCGACAUUGUCAAAAAACAAUUGGUUUUUAUGAACAAAACAACAGCUCUGCACGUGCAUCACGUUUUUUAGUACAUUUUUUUAUGUCCACUGCACGACUACGACCUAAAACCAUCUAAUGCGACUUUUUAUACAGGACGCAAACAUACGACGACGGAUUUUCCUUUCUCUUUUCGAACCUGGAUAAAGUCCUUUAAGCAGUUCAACUCCGAUGAAAAUCACAUACAUUUGACAAUGUGGAAUGAUCCAAAUAGAUGCGAUAAAAUUUGAAAGAACGCAAAUUCGUUUUUUGGCGACGUGUUUACUGCCGUCCUCGUCGUCGUUGUUUUAGCUCAAUAAUAUUGUCUGCGCAUGCCCAAGAUAAACCAAUCACGGGAGUCUGCUUUUGUGUAUUUACAGGCGUCUCAAGCAUGGCCUACAGUGGUGAAGUCUUAAGGUACAACAGUUAUGGUGGGAAAUAUGAAGUUCCAAGGAAACUUGUAUCCUCCCUCGACGAACUUGAAAGCGGAGAUCAUAUCGCCUUUCAUCGGACUGGUGGUCGUUACUGGCAUCACGCUAUAGUAGAAGAUGUUAACAAAAGAAGCAGCGAAUUUUGUCUUAUCGAGUAUUCUAACGAUGCUUCAGGGUUUUUGAUGGAUAACUUCUGCUCUCCGAGGAAUCCAGGAAUAGCUAAGGUGGUGAGAAAAACUUAUCAAUUCAGCAAAGGUACCAUGGUAUACCUGAUGCUACACGAAUGUUGCUAUCCAGCUGAUACUGUCGUAGAGAAUGCGCGAAGUAAGAUUGGGGAAAAUAAGUACAGCCCUUUUACCAAUAACUGCGAACACUUUGCCAUGUGGUGUAAAACAGGAACAUCAUCUUCCGACCAAGUUAACAAGGCUGCUCAAAUGGUCGGUAAAGAAAUCGGGCAAGAGGUUGCAGGCAGAGCAGCUCGAGCAACGGCAGAACACGUCGGACGAACUGUUUCAAAUGUUGUAACCCGUGCUGCAAACGAAAUUCCGAUUGCAUAUAAUCAUGUAACUGAAGGAAUUGUAGGAGCAGCUACAAAUCUUCACAAAGCUGGUGGUGAGUUAUUCGCAAACUUGCCACCGCUGCGUCUUCCUUCAGGAGGUGAAAUGGCUGCAAAUCUUCCCACAAUGAAAAUUGGGAGCAGAAUUGUAGGAGCAGCUACAAAUCUUCAGAAAGCUGGUGGUGCGUUAUUCGCAAAAAUGCCACCGCUGCGUCUGCCCACAGGAGGUGGACUACCGCCACUUUUGUCCUCAGGAGCUGGAAGGGCUGCAAAACUUAUAUCCCGAGGUGGACAAGCGAUCACGAGAACUGGGAUUGGAGGAGUUCUUGCUGCAGGAGCACUUCCAGCGAUUGUUGAGGGUAUGUCAAUGAAUAAUGAUCUUAAUAAUCUACGAAGAGAUCGGGAUGAAGAAAGAAUAGACGGAAAAGAAUAUGACAAAACUGUUACGAAACGAAUUGUGACUGGCGCAGGUUACAUAACGGGAGCUACUGCAGGAACCCUUAUCGGGCAAGCGUUCAUUCCUGUUCCAGUUGUGGGAGCCGCUGUAGGAGGCGUGGUUGGUGGCAUAGCAGGACGAUAUUUUGGAAAUAUUGGGGGAAAUCUAGCUGUCGACAAAAAAGAUGGUGAUGGUGCUAAUUAUGCAGAGAACAGUAAAGAGGACAGCGAAGAAGACCUUGGAGGUGGUGGCCAGUAUUACUGCGAUGGUGGUCCUGACUACGUCGAGGAGAGUGACGAAGAGAAUGAAGACGUCCUUGGAGAUGCUGGUUAUUACAGUCUCUGUGGUAGGGCUGAUUAUGCCGACAACGAUGACGUCGAAGACGAAGAGGACAACUUCCCUGAAAAAGAUGGUGGUGCUGACGACUACGUCGGGGAGAGUGACGAAGACAACGAAGAGGGCCUUGGAGGUGGUGGUUAUUACAGUCACUUUAGUAGGGCUGAUUAUGCCGACAGCAAUUACGUCGAAGACAACGAAGACGAAGAAGUGUUGCAGGCUGAUUCUGCCGAUGAGAGUGACAAAGACAGCGAAGACGACCUUGGUAAGUCGGCUGUGCAUGCAUCUUCCUGUGCGAAGAAAAGCGGUUGCACCAAACGGUUGAUGACACAC